AUGGAUCUGACAAAGGUGCCGCGAAAGGUUUGGGAACAUCCUGAUCCUAAAAGCACAGCAAUGUGGGCUUUUAUGCAGGAUGCAAACAGACUUCAUGGCCUCAAUCUCAAGACCUUCAAUGACUUAUACGACUGGUCCUGCUCUAAGCGCAGCGACUUCUAUGCCCAACUCUGGGCUUCACAGAAAUGGAUUCACGAGGGAUCCUACUCAUAUGUUGUCGAUGAGUCAAUUCCCAUCACUAAGCUCCCUACAUGGUUCCCUGGCAUUCGCCUCAACUUCGCCGAGAACAUCCUCUGGACACAAGGCAAUGCUCCGGGAGAACGCUCAACUCUGCACAAAGAGGACGACAAAAUUGCUAUCACAGAAGUUCGCGAGGGUAAUUCAUCUGUAAAGAAUGUUACUUGGGGAGAGCUUCGUCAGAGAGUUGCUAGGACAGCGAGUGCGUUGAAGCAGAGAGGCAUGAAGAAGGGAGAUCGAGUCGUUAUAGUUGGAGCGCAUGCUGUUGAGACAUGUGUGGUUUUCCUAGCUACGACUUGGCUUGGGGGUUUAUUUAGUAGCAGUUCAACUGACAUGGGUGUUGGAGGUCUGUUGCAGAGAACAGUUCAGAUCGAUCCCAAGUUUGUUUUCUUCGAUGACGGAGCUCUGUACAACGGCAAGGUCAUUGAUCUUCGCGACAAGAUAAAGGGUGUGGUCGAAGGAAUGAAGGAGUGUCCUUCUUUCAAAGGAGUAAUUGUUGUUCAACGCUUUGACACUGCGCAAGAUACUUCUAGUAUUCCGAACACACAGCGUCUUGAAGCCUUCCUCUCCUCAGCAUCUUCAACACAGCCACCUAUCGAAAGAGUCGGCUUCCAGGACCCAAUGGUAGUUUACUAUUCUUCUGGAACUACAGGAACACCCAAAGCCAUCGUCCACGGUGUCGGUCCUAUUCUUGUUUCCAUCGCCAAAGAAGGCGUUCUUCAUCGCGAACUCUCACACAAAGAUGUGACACUUCAGUACACAACGACAGGUUGGAUCAUGUAUCUUUCAAGUGUCGCGAGACUCGCCUUUGGCGGACGAACUGUGUUUUACGAUGGUUCACCUUUCGUGCCAGAUCGAUCUGUCUUGUUGAGGAUCGUGGAAGAGCAGAAAGUCACGAGUCUGGGUGUCUCGCCAAGAUGGCUGGGUGAACUCAUGAAAGAGGGCAUUGUUCCUCAGAAGGAAGCUAAUUUGAAUAGCCUCACGGCUGUUUUGAGCACGGGAAUGGUGUUGAAAGAACAAGUUUUUGAAUGGUUUUACGAUGGAGCUUUCCCUAACCAUAUCAAGCUCGCCAACUUUUCAGGCGGCACAGACAUUGCCGCCUGCUUCGUCAUGGAGAAUCCUCUGUGUCCCAUCUACGCCGGUGGAUGUCCUGGAAGAGUUAUCGGCACUCCCAUGGCCAUAUACCCGUCCUCAGCUGACCCGACGAAGCCAAUUUCCCCAGUCCCAGAUGGCGAACCAGGAGACUUGGUCGGAACAGCGGCAUUCCCAAACGUUCCUCUCUGCCUCUGGAACGACACAAGUCCCGCUCCAGGCGAGAAAUACACUUCGGCCUACUUCGCUCGAUUCCCUGGUGUAUGGUCGCAAGGUGACUUUGCAGCAGUCCAUCCGAAGACGGGACAUAUUCAUAUCCUCGGUCGCUCUGAUGGUGUUUUGAAUCCUAGUGGUAUUCGAUUUGGAAGUGCAGAUAUCUACGCUGUGAUUGAGGGCGGGUUUGCGACAGAGGUCGCCGAAAGUCUUUGCGUGGGACAGAGAAGACCGCAGGAUCAUGAUGAGAGCGUUGUUUUGUUCUUACUGAUGAAACCUGGUAUCAAGUUUACGGCUGAACUUGCGAAUACUAUUCGUGACAGGAUUGCGAAGGAGUUGACCAAGAGACAUGUGCCCAAGUACAUCUUUGAGGUCCCUGAUAUUCCGGUGACUGUCAAUGGUAAAAAGGUCGAGUUGCCGGUCAAACAGAUCAUUUCUGGGAGCAACAUCAAACCGAGUGGGACAUUGUUGAAUCCUGAGAGUCUGGACUAUUACUAUCAGUUCCAAAAGAUUGAAGAUGUCGAACAAGUUCGAGCAAAGUUGUAG